AUGUUUUACGACCUGCAAUGCACAAGACGUGGACUCUUCGAAUUGGUCAGCGUCAAUUCGGUCCAAAGGAUCGAUGUGGUAAAGCUUCAUAACAGCAACACAGCGGGUAAACGACUCAAAGAUACACUGGAUCUAGGUCAAUGUGGACCCUAUGCUCGCCAGUCCCAUUACUUCGAACAUCCAUCAGAAUUGGAUGGCAAUACCAUAACAAGCAGACUCGUCGCCGAGGAAGUAUUAGCAACACCCGAUAAACAGCGGCACGCACUUAACAUCAUACGCAGCUGGGAUCCGCAGGUCACUAGUAUAGUGAUUCUCCCCCAUCGUGCUGAGUUUGAUUAUAUCGAUCGUCUGGUCUGUCGUGGCCUCGACAAUGUUCAAUGCGGAUGUUCAAAGUAG